AUGCCAACUCUGCAGUCCGUGUUUCCGUCUCGAUCGCCUGAUCCUGCGAUUAUCGUACCGGCCACCGGCUCGACCGGCCCUGUCGUCGUCUCAUUCGACACUCUCUCGAAACUCGUCGGCCAGGCCCGCAAGUUCAUCGCCUCGCUCGAUCUCGCGCCAGGCUCUGCUAUCGCGAUCGCGUUGCCAAACUCGCUCGAGUUUGUCGUUCUCUUCUUCGCGGUGUCUUACUCGGGCUAUAUUGCCGCACCACUUAAUCCCGCGCUCAAGCAGUCCGAGUUUGAGUUCUACCUUGCUGACCUGUCGUGCCCGGUCGCGUUCGUGCCCAAGACUGCCGAACGCGAGGCGGUCAUCAAGGCCGCGGCCAAGUCUGCCGAUAAUGUCCGCAUCUUUGAGUUGGAGGCCUCGACUGAGAGUAUUAAUGUCAAGACCGGGGCGGGCGAGUCUGUUGGGUUGGGCUCGUUGCAGUCCAAGUCUGUGAGCGAGGCAAAGGCCGACGACGUUGCACUUGUACUCCAUACUAGUGGAACCACCGGCCGACCUAAGAUCGUUCCUUUAACGCACACCAACUUGGCGACGUCGAUCAGCAAUAUUGUGCAGACGUACAAGCUGACGAAGGCCGACCGAAGCAUGCUGGUGAUGCCACUCUUCCACGUCCACGGACUGCUCUGUGGCUUCCUCGCGCCUCUGUCGGUCGCAUCGGGUGUGAUUGUUCCGUUGAAGUUUUCCGCGCACUCGUUCUGGAAAGACUUUGUCGAGCUGGGAGCGAAUUGGUAUACAGCUGUGCCGACGAUCCACCAGAUCUUGCUGAAGAGUCCGUCUCCGUUUGACAAUGGAGCGAAGGGACCGAAUGUGCGGUUCAUCCGAUCGUGCUCGUCAGCGCUUGCGCCGGCGACGAUGAAGCAGCUCGAGGAGCGGUUCAAGGCGCCGGUUCUUGAGGCGUAUGCGAUGACAGAGGCGAGCCACCAGAUGACGUCGAACGACUUGCCUCCGGGAAAGCGCAAGAGUGGAAGCGUUGGGCGCGCGCAGGGGGUUGUCAAGGUCGCGAUCUUGGACCAGGAAGGAAACGAGGUCAAGCAAGGUGGGGAGGGAGAGAUUUGCGUAAAGGGAGCGAAUGUGACGAAGGGGUACCGGAACAACGAGGCGGCGAACAAGAGCAGCUUCACGGCGUCGGGAUUUUUCCGCACGGGCGAUCAGGGCAAGCUGGACGCGGACGGGUUUGUGUACAUCACGGGACGGAUCAAGGAGCUGAUCAACCGCGGGGGAGAGAAGAUCUCGCCGCUGGAGCUGGAUGCGCUGAUGCUGGAGAUCCCGGAGGUAGCGGAGGCGGUGUCGUUUGCGGUGCCGGAUGAGAUGUACGGACAGGAGGUGCAUGCGACGGUGGUGGUGAAGCCGGGCGCGAAGCUGAGCGAGGGGGAUGUGAAGAAGUUUAUGUCGGAGAGGGUUGCCAAGUUCAAGGUGCCUAAGCGGGUGUACUUCACGGAGACGAUGCCGAAGACGGCGACGGGGAAGAUUCAGAGGAAGAACAUUUCGGAGACGUUUUUCAAGCCGGAGGGAGAGGUGAAGGCGAAGGCGAAGUUGUGA